AUGCUAAUAGAUUUACUAGAUUUUUUGGGUUCUGCUCCUCAAUUUACAAUUCCAGGAAGAACUUUCCCAGUUGAAGUAUAUUUUAAUAAGAAUGUUAAUAUGGAUUACGUUGAAAAUGCUGUGAAACAAGUUUUAACUAUUCAUUUAACUAAUUCUAAACAAGGGAAAGAAUUUGUCAAUGAUGGUGAUAUUUUAGUAUUUAUGACUGGUCAAGAAGAUAUUGAAAUUACUUGUGACUUAAUCAAAGAGAAACUUAAUUUAUUAGAAGAUCCACCUCCAUUAUCAAUAUAUCCAAUUUAUUCAACUAUGCCUCAAGAUUUACAAAAGAAAAUAUUCAACAAGAAAAACAACAAGAGAAGAAAAGUAGUUGUUGCUACAAAUAUAGCAGAAACUUCAUUAACUGUUGAUGGGAUUAAAUAUGUUAUUGAUUGUGGAUUAGUUAAAGUAAAAGUUUAUAAUCCCAAAUUAGGGAUGGAUACAUUACAAGUAGUACCUAUCUCAUUAGCAAAUGCAGAUCAAAGAAGUGGUAGAGCAGGUAGAACAGGACCAGGUAUCGCAUAUCGGUUAUAUACUGAAAGAGCAACUGAUCAAGAUUGUAUGUAUCUACAACCAAUACCAGAAAUUCAAAGAACUAAUUUAAGUAAUAUCAUGUUGAUGUUAAAAUCAUUGAAAAUUCAAGAUAUUAAUCAAUUUCAAUUUUUGGAUUCACCACCUAAGGAUUUAUUAAAUUGUUCAUUAUAUGAUUUAUGGAUAAUUGGAGCAUUAGAUAAUUUAGGAAAUUUAACCAAAUUAGGAGAAUCAAUGACUCAAUUUCCAAUUGAACCAACAUUAUCUAAACUUAUUUUAUUAUCCUCACAAUAUCAAUUUCAUUGUUCUGAAGAAAUUUUAACUAUUGUGGCAAUGUUAUCAGUGCCAAAUAUUUAUCAUCGACCUAAAGAAAGAUCUCAAGAAGCUGAUCAAGCAAGGGAAAAGUUUAUCAUUUCAGAAUCUGAUCAUUUAACUUUAUUAAAUGUUUUCAAUCAAUGGAAUACUAAUUUAACUAAAUUUAAGAAUAAUUAUACCAAGAUUAAUAAUUGGUGUGGGAAGAAUUUCUUACAAUUGAAAUCAUUAUAUCGUGCCAAAGAUAUUAAACAUCAAUUAAUGUUAAUUAUGAAGAAAUUGAAAAUUCCAAUAUUGAAAUCAAGAAAUGAUGAAGAUAUUAAAAAAUGUUUAUGUGCUUCAUUUUAUCAACAACUGGCAAAAUUGAAUAAAUCAAGUUUAAAUGGUCAACCUGAAUUUAUUAAUUUAAGACAUAAUUAUAUUAAAAUGUAUUUACAUCCAACUAGUUGUUUAUUAGAAAGUAAUUUAAGUUCAAAUUAUGUUAUUUAUCAUGAAUUGAUUUUAACUAAAAAAGAAUACAUGAAUUAUGUAACAUGUGUUGAUCCUUUAUGGUUAUUAGAAUUUGGUUAUAAAUUUUAUGGGGUUUCAGAGAAUUACAAAGGGAAAAUCGAUGAAUAUUUAGUUGAUAAGAAGAAAUCAUUUGAAGAAGAAUUGGUGAAAGAUAAACAGGUUUAUCAAGACAAUCAAGAUAUGCAAUCUAAAAGGAGAAUAACUGAUAAACCAGUGGUUAAAUCAAAUUCAUUAUUUAAGAAAAGAAGAGGUAUUUAA